AUGCGUAUUCAAAAAUUAACGAGGCUAUCCGCUUAUUUAGCAUGUUUAAUAUGUUUUUUAUAUCUGAUGGUUUACUAUUCGGAAUAUCAUUUUCAUCCUAUUAAUGAUGUACCGAAUAGUAAUACUUCAAUCGAAAAUGCUGUUCAGCAAAUGCUAACAUGCGAUUCAGGAGAUACUUCUCGUCAUCGAGCCCUGCUGUCAAUUCUACACGCAUGGAGUCACUUUGCUCACACAUAUAAUAUUCAAUAUUGGAUAGCCUAUGGAACUCUCGUUGGUUUUGUACAACGCCAGGGAUUAUUACCACACGAUCUUGAUACUGAUGUAUUAAUAUUAUCACAAGACACAAAACAUCUAGUUCCAUUUUCUAAUGCUCAUUUUUCACCUAUCUAUGAAAUUAUAGUUCACCCACAAUGGUCUUUUUUUGGACAUGAAAAUCGGUCAUUUUAUUUAUCAAAAGGUAUCGAUUUUCGAACACCUAAUGCUCGCUUUGUACAUCGAAAGCUUCGCUAUCAUCUUGAUAUUUUUCCUGCGUAUGAGCAUUAUUCUGAUCAAUCACAAAACGGGACUGAUACGAACACGAGUAUGGUGCACAUGAUAUACAAUAUAUCUGAUACCUUAAUAGCUGUACCUGUCGAGUGGACGUUUCCAUUGAAAGCAUGUGUUUUUAGUGGUAUCAAUGUUUGGUGUCCAGCGAAGCCCUCGAAAUUAGUAACUGCAUUGUAUGGAGCAGGAGCUGUUAAUAAAACGAAUGCGAUAUGUGUCAACAGUACUUGGGUGAAAGGGCCAAUGUCGUAA